AUAUUUAAUUCCUUUCUGAUUUUCGAGUUUCUGUAAGGUUGCCCUUGUCCCAAGAAAUUAUAGAGAUAAAGGGCAACAAUACAUCCAUCUUUGUAGAAAAAUGGGGAUGAAGAGCAACUCAAGCACAACAUCCCAAUCUUGUAAUAAUCUCAAAGACAAAGAAAAAAACAGCACCACCAAGACGCGCGUUAUAUUGCAUGUAUAUGAUCUCACCCCUCUCAAUAGUUACUUUUAUUGGUUUGGAUUUGGAAUAUAUCAUUCUGGCAUUGAAGUUCAUGGCAAGGAGUAUGGAUUCGGAGCACACGACUUCCCAGCCAGUGGAGUUUUUGAAGUAGAGCCAAGAAAAUGUCCAGGAUUUGUGUAUAGAUGUUCUGUCAAUUUGGGCCAUGCAAAUAUGCAUCCUUCUGAGUUUCGGAUAUUUAUUGAGAAUAUGGCUAGUGAUUAUCAUGGGGAUACUUACCACCUUAUAUCUAAGAACUGCAAUCACUUUACCGACGAUAUCUCGUGUCGAUUGACCGGAAAGCGCAUCCCAGGUUGGGUGAAUCGACUUGCCAAACUAGGUUCUAUAUGUAGAUGUCUACUUCCAGAAACUCUUCAGGCAUCAACCGUUAAACAACUACCUGAAUACCAUUCAGAAGAUGAGGUUGCAGAUUCCCUUCCAACUGACACACCAAAUAUAUCAACUAAUAAUUCAGAUGAUGGGCAAGAAAGGCGCCUUCUAUCACCUAAGGCUGGAACAGAUGACGUUUCAUUUAUUAAAGAAUCUCCCUCAAAAAAAUGAGAGAUAUUUUAGGUGAGGAAAAUGCUUGGAACAAUACAAGCCAUCUUAGCAUGAGAAUUUAUUUGUCCAUAUGAUCGAGUUGAACAAUUUUUUAUGCCAGAACCUAAGAAUUCUUUCGUGUCCCUUUACAUUCUUAAGUACAUUCAUUGUAUCAUGUUUUUGUACCCUAACAUUA